AUGGGCGGGCAUACAUCAUACGACUACGGUGCAGCGAUUACAGAAGAGAGGACGAUCUGGCGCGAGAAAUAUAGUGAACAAAAACUCGAGGCUAACUUCCUCAAAGUUUCCCCCGGAUAUUUGACCCAACUCCUCAUCUUGGAGACGAGGACGAAUCUCUACGUUGUCAGACAUGCCGACUUCACUUCAAUCGAUAACACAUGGUACACUCUCACAUUGUUGACAAGUAUUGGGGACAUCAAAAUUCCUCAACUAGGAGGCCACCUGACGCUGAAUGGACGUGAUUCCAAAUUUCGCGUCGCAGAUUACGAUGUCGGCGGGAUCAAUCUGGUCUACUCCUCCGCAGAAAUAUUCACAUGGGCACGCGGGUCGGGAUCGACACGUGUAUUAAUUCUGUACGGAGGCGCUGGGGAAACACACGAAUUUGGUCUGCCUAGUCAUCUUGGAAAGCCAACCGUCAUCGAAGGAGACAGCAUCGAAAUAAAACAACACGGAUCUGCUUGGGUUGUAAAGUGGCGUGUUACACCAGCCCGACGCAUCAUUCGGGUAGCAGAUCUUCAGGUAUACCUGCUCUGGCGGAAUGAGGCAUACAACUACUGGGUGCUGGAGUUGCCCGUAUCAGGUCCAAUUGGAAAUUACACAUCGCCAUCGAAGAGCCUGGUAGUUGUCAAGGCCGGAUAUCUUAUCCACACAGCUGAUCUGAUAAAUAAGCAGUUGCGCCUGACAGGGGAUGUGAAUGCUACGACAGAAAUCGAGGUCAUAUCUAGUCCAGCUACAAAGCUGAAAGGCAUCACCUUCAAUGGGGAAGUGCUACAGACUUCAAAAAUGCCCAAUGGGAACCUCCAGGGAACUGUCAGAUACAAUCUUCCCACGUUGGACAUUCCCGAUUUGUCCAACAUGGAAUGGAAGUUCAUCGAUUCUCUCCCUGAGAUCCAGUUGUCCUGGAUACUCCGAGUAGUCUGUACUCCAUGGACUACGGAUAUCACACAGGGUCUUUGCUAUACCGUGGCCCAUUUUAACGCCAAUGGCCAAGAAUCUAAUGUUUGGUUGAAUAUAUCUGGUGGCGCAGGAUUCGGACGUUCUGUAUGGUUGAAUAAUACAUUCCUUGGCUCAUGGAUCGGGUCGAGCGCCGACUCCACCGUUGUCCACAGCAUGUCGCUGUCAUCCCAUUUGUCGCAGGGAAGAAGCCCCUAUGUGAUCUCAGUGCUGAUUGAUCACAUGGGUCAAGAUGAAGAGGCUCCUGGCACCGAUUCAAUCAAGUUUCCACGGAGUAUUUUAAACUACGAUAUUUCGGGUCACGACCAAUCUGAUGUCUCGUGGAAGUUGACAGGCAACCUUGGAGGAGAGCAGUAUCAGGAUCUAGCCCGUGGUCCUCUGAAUGGAGGUGGCAUGUAUGCCGAGAGACAAGGAUACCAUUAUCCCAAUCCACCAAGCUCAAAAUGGGAAUUGUCAAACCCAGUCACAGAUGGCUUAUCGCACGCAGGCGUUGGAUUCUAUGCGGCAUCCUUCAGGCUGAACAUCCCCAGUGGAUGGGAUAUUCCAAUGAGCGUGGUGUUCAACAAUUCAAUUCAGGAUAGUACCAAGCAAAAUGCUCGAGGCAACAAUUACAGAUGCCAGCUAUUCGUCAACGGGUAUCAAUUCGGAAAAUAUAUCAACCACCUUGGCCCCCAGACGGCCAGAGGGACAGGCAGAGUGCAACACUGGGAAGGUUGGAAUUAG